AUGAACGCGAGCGCUUCCUCGCUCAACGACUCCCAGGUGGUGGCAGUGACCACCGAGGGAGCGGCGGCGGCGGCCACAGCGGCAGGGGCGCGGGACAGCGGCGAAUGGGGGCCCCCUGCAGCGGCGGCGCUGGGGGGCGGCGGCGCGGCUAACGCGUCCCUCGAGCUGUCUUCUCAGCUGCCCGCGGGGCCGCCGGGGCUGCUACUGUCGGCGGUGAAUCCUUGGGACGUGCUCCUGUGCGUGUCGGGGACGGUGAUCGCAGGCGAAAACGCGCUGGUAGUGGCGCUAAUCGCGUCCACCCCGGCGCUGCGCACGCCCAUGUUCGUGCUGGUGGGCAGCCUAGCCACCGCCGACCUGCUGGCGGGCUGCGGCUUGAUCCUUCACUUCGUGUUCCAGUACGUGGUGCCCUCAGAAACGGUGAGCCUGCUCACGGUGGGCUUCCUCGUGGCCUCCUUCGCUGCCUCGGUCAGCAGCCUGCUGGCCAUCACAGUGGACCGCUAUCUGUCUCUCUACAACGCACUCACCUACUACUCGCGCCGGACCCUGUUGGGCGUGCACCUGCUGCUCGCUGCCACCUGGACGAUGUCCCUAGGCCUCGGGUUGCUGCCGGUGCUCGGCUGGAACUGCCUAGCGGAGCGCUCCACCUGCAGCGUGGUGCGCCCGCUGACGCGCAGCCACGUGGCGCUGCUGUCCGCCGCGUUCUUUGCGGUCUUUGGUAUCAUGCUGCACCUGUACGUGCGCAUCUGCCAGGUGGUCUGGCGCCACGCGCACCAGAUCGCGCUGCAGCAGCACUGCCUGGCGCCGCCCCACCUCGCAGCCACCAGAAAGGGCGUGGGUACGCUGGCUGUGGUGCUGGGCACUUUUGGCGCCAGUUGGCUGCCCUUCGCCAUCUAUUGCGUGGUAGGCAGCCGCGAGGACCCGGCAGUCUACACCUACGCCACCCUGCUGCCCGCCACCUACAACUCCAUGAUCAAUCCUAUCAUCUAUGCCUUCCGCAACCAGGAGAUUCAGCGUGCCCUGUGGCUCCUGUUCUGUGGCUGUUUCCAGUCCAAAGUGCCCUUCCGUUCUAGGUCCCCCAGUGAGGUCUGA